UUCGAGUCGGACGUGAGGAAACAGUCAGCCAGAGCCAGCCAAGCAUGGCCAAUUCCUGGUGGAUCAUCGCCCUUUUCAUCUCAGCCACCACCUCGGCCGCUGCCGCCUCCUACGCGGCCACCGCCGAGGAUUACUUGUACGUCAACAACGCCUGCGCUUCCACCUUGUACCCCUCCCUCUGCUUUUCCUCGCUUUCCUCUCACGCCGACCGGAUCAGGAGGAACCCCAGGAACCUCGUCGGCGUCGCCAUAUCAGUCACCCUCUCCUCCGUGACAGAUGCGGCUAUCUACAUGUUGAGCAUGAGGCAUACGAGCGGCGGGAACGCGGAGAAGCUCGCACUUUCCGACUGCACCAAGAUGCUGGCCGACGCGGCCAGCCAGAUGCGGGCGUCCAUGAAGGAGCUCAAGGCACUGAAGAGGGAGACGCUCCGGUGGCAGCUCAGCAACGUGCAGACGUGGAUGAGCGCCGCGCUCACCAACGAGGGUACGUGCACGGACGGUUUCGACGGGCUGGACGAGGCUGUUGGCGGGGCGGUUUCCGGCAAGAUCGGAUGCGUCACUGAGAUGACGAGCAACGCUCUGGCACUGGCUAACUACUUUGCAUCUCAGGCAAAGACGCAGCUUUGAGCCUUCUUUUUCUCUCUGCCCACCUCAUACGUGCACUGGCCUACUCGACUACAGAGAGUUCUUCUUCCCCGUCCUUUUUUUUUUUUUCUUUUUCGCUCUUUCUGGUUUCGUCCACGGAAGUUUUACUAAAGAAAUUAAAGACCAGUGAAAUGCUUGUCCCAGGGGUUAGUUAACUGGGACGCUA